CUGCCAGCCUAUGACACACUUUCUCUCCUUUUUUCUUUCUUUCACCUCCUCUGGCCUCUGGACUCAGGCCUGGGCGGCACACAGCCCCCUCCCGGCCCUGCAACCCCUGGGCGGGCGGUGCCCCUCGGACGGGACGGCCGGGCAGGGCCCGGGCCCAGGGGGAAGCCGGCGGCCUGCGCGGAGGAGGCGGCCGGCGCGGCUGGCAGAGCAUGAGCCCCCCAGAUUCCGGCCAUCACAGCUCUAGACCCAGAGGAAGACUGGCUCGGGGAAGGACGGGCGCCAGCCCGGAGGAGUGGAAGUUGGACCUCCGUAACGGGACGGCGGCCCCCGUCCACUGAGCACCGACCACAUGCCAGGAGGAGGGCCAGAGACGGACGACUAUAUGGAGACACUGAAGGAUGAGGAGGACGCCUUGUGGGAGAACGUGGAGUGCAACCGGCACAUGUUGAGUCGCUACAUCAACCCAGCCAAGCUCACCCCCUACCUGCGCCAGUGCAAGGUCAUCGAUGAGCAGGAUGAGGACGAAGUGCUCAGUGCGCCCAUGCUGCCGUCCAAGAUCAACCGGGCAGGCCGACUGUUGGAUAUUCUACAUACAAAGGGCCAGAGGGGCUAUGUGGUCUUCUUGGAGAGCCUGGAAUUUUACUACCCAGAACUGUACAAACUGGUGACUGGAAAGGAGCCCACCCGGAGAUUCUCUACCAUUGUGGUGGAGGAGGGCCACGAGGGCCUCACGCACUUCCUGAUGAACGAGGUCAUCAAGCUGCAGCAGCAGAUGAAGGCCAAGGACCUGCAGCGGUGCGAGCUGCUGGCCAAGUCGCGCCAGCUGGAGGACGAGAAGAAGCAGCUGACGCUGACGCGGGUGGAGCUGCUGACCUUCCAGGAGCGGUACUACAAGAUGAAGGAGGAGCGCGACAGCUACAACGACGAGCUGGUCAAGGUGAAGGACGACAACUACAACCUGGCCAUGCGCUACGCCCAGCUCAGCGAGGAGAAGAACAUGGCGGUCAUGAGGAGCCGAGACCUCCAACUCGAGAUCGACCAGCUCAAGCACCGGUUGAAUAAGAUGGAGGAGGAGUGUAAGCUGGAAAGGAACCAGUCGCUGAAACUGAAGAACGACAUUGAGAAUCGGCCCAAGAGGGAGCAGGUCCUGGAACUGGAGCGGGAGAACGAGAUGCUGAAGACCAAAAUCCAAGAGCUGCAGUCCAUCAUCCAGGCCGGGAAGCGCAGCCUGCCCGACUCGGACAAGGCCAUCCUGGACAUCCUGGAGCACGACCGCAAGGAGGCUCUGGAGGACCGGCAGGAGCUCGUCAACAAGAUCUACAACCUGCAGGAGGAGGUCCGCCAGGCAGAGGAGCUGCGGGACAAGUACCUGGAGGAAAAGGAGGACCUGGAGCUGAAGUGCUCGACGCUGAGCAAGGACUGCGAGAUGUACAAGCACCGCAUGAGCACCGUCAUGCUGCAGCUGGAGGAGGUGGAGCGCGAGCGGGACCAGGCCUUCCAUUCCCGGGACGAAGCGCAGACCCAGUACUCGCAGUGCUUGAUCGAGAAGGACAAGUACAGGAAGCAAAUCCGAGAGCUGGAGGAGAGGAAUGACGAGAUGAGAAUCGAGAUGGUCCGGCGGGAGGCCUGCAUCGUCAACCUGGAGAGCAAGCUUCGGCGCCUGUCCAAGGACAGCGGCAGCCUCGACCAGAGUCUGCCCAGGAACCUGCCAGUGGCCAUCAUCUCUCAGAACUUCGGGGACGCCAGCCCCAGGACCAACGGUCAGGAAGCCGACGACUCGUCAACCUCAGAGGAGUCACCAGAAGACAGCAGAUACUUCCUGCCCUGUCACCCCCCCAAGCGCAGGAUGAAUCUGAAGGGCAUCCAGCUGCAGAGAGCUAAAUCCCCCAUCAGCCUGAAGCGAGCCUCAGAUUUCCAAGGGCGAGGCCAAGAGGAAGAAGGCACUGACGCGAGCCCCAGCUCCUCCAGAUCCCUGCCCAUCACCACCUCGUUCUCCAAGAUGCACCCCCAUCGGAGCCGCUCCAGCAUCAUGUCGAUCACCGCUGAGCCCCCCGGAAACGACUCUAUUGUCAGGCGCUAUAAGGAAGACGCGCCUCACCGGAGCACCGUGGAAGACGACAACGAGAGUGGCGGGUUCGACGCCUUGGACUUUGAUGACGACAGUCACGAGCACUGCUCCUACGGCCCCUCGUCCGUCCACUCCUCUUCCUCCUCCCACCAGUCCGAGGGCCUGGACGCCUACGACCUCGAGCAAGUCAACCUCAUGUUUAGGAAGUUCUCUCUAGAAAGACCCUUCCGGCCGUCGGUCACGUCGGUGGGGCACGUGCGGGGCUCCGGGCCCUCCACGCAGCACGCCAUGCUGAACGGCGACAGCCUCGCCUCACAGCUCACCCUGCUCGGGGGCAACGCCCGGGGGAGCUUCAUCCACGCGGUCAAGCCGGGCUCCCCGGCCGAGAAGGCGGGCCUCCACGAGGGCCACCAGCUGCUGGGGCUGGAAGGCUACAUCAAAGGGGAGAGGCAGAGCGUCCCCUUGGAAACGUGCACGAAGGAGGAGGUGCACUGGACCAUCCAGAGGUGCAGUGGCCCCGUCACACUGCACUACAAAGUCAACCAGGAAGGGUACCGGAAGCUGCUGAAGGACAUGGAGGAGGGCCUGGUCACGUCCGGGGACUCGUUCUACGUCCGGCUGAACCUGAACAUCUCCAGCCAGCUGGACGCCUGCACCAUGUCGCUCAAGUGCGACGACAUCGUGCACGUCCGGGACACCAUGUACCAGGACAGGCACGAGUGGCUGUGCGCGAGGGUCGACCCUUUCACGGACCAUGACCUCGACGUGGGCACCAUACCCAGCUACAGCCGAGCCCAGCAGCUCCUCCUGGUCAAGCUGCAGCGCCUGAUGCACAGGGGCAGCCGAGAGGAGGCGGACCCCACGCACCACACCCUGAGGGCGCUCCGGAACACGCUGCAGCCUGAAGAGCCGGUUUCCACCAGUGACCCCCGGGUCAGUCCCCGCCUCUCUCGGGCAAGUUUCCUUUUCGGCCAACUCCUCCAGUUCGUCAGCAGGUCCGAGAACAAGUACAAAAGGAUGAACAGCAACGAGCGGGUCCGCAUCGUCUCAGGGAGCCCGCUGGGGAGCCUGGCCCGGUCGUCGCUGGAUGCCAGCAGGCCCUCGACUGAGAAGCAGGAAGAGCUGGACCCCGAGAGCGAGCUCGGCAAGAACCUCAGCCUGAUCCCCUACAGCCUGGUGCGUGCCUUCUACUGUGAGCGCCGCCGGCCCGUCCUCUUCACGCCCACCGUGCUGGCCAAGGCGCUGGUCCAGAAGCUGCUCAACUCUGGAGGCGCCAUGGAGCUCACCAUGUGCAAGCCGGAUGUUGUCACCAGAGACGAGUUCCUCAGGAAGCAGAAGACGGAGACCAUCAUCUACUCGCGAGAGAAGAACCCCAACACUUUCGAAUGCAUCGUUCCUGCCAACAUAGAAGCUGUGGCCGCCAAGGACAAGCACUGCCUGCUGGAGGCCGGGAUCAGCUGCACCAGAGACUUGAUCAAGUCCAGGAUCUACCCCAUCGUGCUCUUCAUCCGGGUGUCGGAGAAGAACAUCAAGAGGUUCCGGAAGAUGCUGUCCCGGCCCGAGACGGAGGACGAGUUCCUGCGGCUGUGCCGGCUGAAGGAGAAGGAGGUGGAGGCCUUGCCCUGCCUGUACGCCACGGUGGAGGCCGACAUGUGGGGCAGCGUGGAGGAGCUGCUCCGCGUCCUCAAGGACAAGAUCAGCGAAGAGCAGCGCAAGACCGUCUGGGUGGACGAGGACCAGCUGUGAGGCGGGGCCCGGGGCCCAGGCGGCUCGGAGGGGCUUGCGGCCCCCCGGCGGGCGGUGCCGUGGGCGCGAGGGGGCCCCGUCCACCCGGUCACGCGGGCCCCGGGGAGCUGAGGGGACGGACCCGGACCCGUCGACUGGGAACGGGGCCGCCCCGGCCGCACGGUCGUCGCGACGCCAGGCCGGAGGCCAGCGGCCCCUCGGGAGCCGAACAGCCGAUGAAUGUAACGCACGAGCAGGUGUGCCAGCCGCGGGGCGGCGACCCUGAACGCGGGGGCGCGCCCGCCGGCCCUCGGGACACAGCACGUACACGUUCCCGGGCAGGACGGCCGCAGCGGAAGGGGAAGCCCGCCGCGCGGCGACUUUUCUCUUUUCUCGCAUUAAAAUGUCUCCGUUUCCUCGUC